AUGGAUCAAUUAAAAGGUGUAAAAGGAUGGCUAGAUUCAAUAAAUAUUGUAUAUUAUGAAGGGACACCAAAUUUGAGUUGGAAUCAAGAUGUAGCAGGAUUUCAUAAAGAUUGGUUGGUAUUCUUAGCAAAAAUGGAUUCAGUUGGUGAAUUUAAACCAACUGAGAGUGAAGAUUUACAAGAGGAAGUUGCAAAAAGAAAACGAGAUGUUGAAACACAUUCAUUAGCACUAGAGAAUGUUCAAGAAUGA